AUGUCCGCGAUAAACCAAGUAAACGGGGUGUACGCGUCUAGCGCCGGUCGCGGUAUCUCAGCCACAUCCCCGGGCUACAGUGCAACAUCGGAUGUCACGGAGGUUAUCACGCUGUUCCCUGGAUGGGCUGCUAAGCGAUACGACAAUCAAGCUCCCGCGGAAACUUUGGAACCUAAUGCACCGAGACCUUUCCAGGUGGAAGUCUUUGCAUCUGGAUAUGCUAUUAGCUACCGAAACAGAGACAACAUGAGUCGCUCUCACCGGGCGUUCAUUCGACUGGCGAAAGGAUUCGCGUCUCUUCCAAAACUGGUUUCAGAGGCAGCGUCGGCGACACCGACCCCGCCAAGUUCCAACUCGUCUUCUCCACCAAUAAAUGAUCCUCGCCUGUCCAUGUCCCGCUCUACGGAAGAGCUUCUUGCUAAUGCCCACCUUCCCCCCAGACCAGAGGAAAUGGACGCAGCGUAUAACAUUGCAUACCUGGAGGAGAACGGCGAGCUCCCCGCCCCAGAUAGAGGAGCGCUGAACACGGCCGACUUAACUCUGCGCCAACCACCUCCGGAUCCAGCUCUCAUGCCCGCGCGUUCAGAAACGCCCAUGCGACAGGAAACCUCCGCAGGAGAGGCUAUCGCCAACCUAACAUCCGAAGCGAUCACAAAACUCCAUGCGAACCUCGAAGCGAGGCUGAAACCUUUUUGGUCGAGUGUUGUAGUUGGAAGGACUGUCCGGCUCCAUCUCUUCGCCUCUCCUCGGAAUAACCCUACCGCGCCGAGCGGUAUCAGUGAAGACGAUGCAUCCCAUGAAUACAACAUCCCACUUGAUACAGUCGAAGUGACAACCGACAAUGAUGGAAGCUUUCAAGCACGCUUUGUAGUCGACUGGGACAAGCUUUGCUGUCAUCCGCGAGGGCUGCAUAUCGCUUUUGGUCACGGGCACGAUUCUGGCCUCGAGCAUGAAGUUGUCGUCGUUGCUGAGCUGCUGGAACCACCGUCCCCGGAACAACGAGGCCCUCCGGUUACCUAUACCACGUAUUCCAGUUCUCGAAGUCCCACUAAAGCAAAACCGACCGUGACUUCGACGGACUCGACAGGUGCAUCGACCAGGAAAACGAACAUCCAUAUACCCAUCACGCACAGUCCUAUUCGUGUCAUUUCUGACAUUGAUGAUACCGUGAAGAAAUCGGAGGUUUUGGGAGGGGCGAGGUCGGUAUUCUAUAACGUGUUUGCGAAGGAGUUGGAAGAAUGUGUUGUCCCUGGUAUGGGAGAGUGGUACACGAAGAUGUGGAAGAAUGGAGUCCGGUUUCACUAUGUGUCGAACGGCCCGUUUGAAUAUACCUCCGUCCUGAACGAAUUCUUCCCACUAGCUCAGCUCCCACCUGGGUCGUUCAAGCUAAAGUCGUACGCUCGACGCUCAUUGUUCAACGGGCUUAUGACGACAGCUGCAGGUCGAAAGCGAGCGGGUGUGGAAGAAGUGCUCGACUCCUUCCCCGACUCGCGGUUUUUCCUGAUUGGUGAUAGUGGGGAACAAGACCUUGAGCUCUAUGCAGAUUUGACACGCCAACGGCCUAACAACAUUCUCGGGGUCUUCAUUCGUGACGUGAGCACUAUUGAAGGUGUGACAGAUCCCAUCGAUGACCCAACGGGCGGGCUUGCUCUGAUUGCCCGUGCCACAAGAAGCACUGUCGGUCUCAGCUCGGAAUCUCAAGCGAACCUUGCCUCUGAAACGGACAGCACCUUCAGCAACGACAGAGACGCUGGGAUAUAUGGCCAGGGACAACGGCGGCCCUCUGUAGCGCGGUCCGUAUCGAGUCUGUUGGCGAGUGCAGUGGGCAAGCGGUCGGGAUCCAUCUCAUCACUCUGGUCGCGCGACUCGACGCCCAAUAACGUUCAAGCGCAGGGACAGGAUGGGUACUUUGAUAGCGACUCGGUAUGGGAGACGAGGAAGCUGAGCGAUGCCCUCCACGAGGAGCCAGAAGACAUGGCGACACCACAGAUAGCCCAGAGUACAUCUUCUGGACAAGGCCAGGUUGGAGACGCCAAUCCGACGCCUAGGAUGAACUCCACCCCCACCAUGACGCCAUCCAGCACGAUUAAGCAAUCUAGCUCAGCUGGCCAAUUCAUCACUGAGCCACCCAAGGCUACCCCUCCACCUUCGCUUCACGGUCGCCGGCGCCGUGGCUCGACCAAAUCCUCUCGGUCGUUGGCCAACUCGGAGAACGGAGGGGUGGGCGUUGCGUUGGCCGACAUCGCAACCCGGCGCUCCCAACGGACCGGCGACGCAGCGUCUUCAAUAUCCACAUCGUCCAGUUCUUCAAGUCGAUUUUCUUAUGAUGGGUCUGAUCCUAACGACCCUUCAGCUGGACAUGCGUUUAAAGCGCGUUUUGAGAGGGUGACUAGGCAGAUGAAUACGGCUGUUACGGUUGAGGAUCGGAGGAGGGCGGAGUUGCAGUUGAGAGUUUGGCAGGCGAGGACGGUUAUGCCUGAUUGGGUUGUGUUGAGGGUGUUUAGGCACCCGGAGGAGUGUGUUGAGGCGCAGGAGAUUUUGGAUAGGGAGUUGGAGAAUUGA